AUGAGAAUUACCAACAAGGGGAAUCGUCAGAUUCCUACCAGUGUCAGUCUUGUGGCUGGGUUUCUUUUGGGUGUUUUGGUGAUGAUGAUGAUGACAAUGACAAUAAUGGAUCGGAGUCCAGUGGAUUCUUCUUUCACGCUGUUGGAAGACUCCUCGGCUCAUGUAAACUGCAAUCAACACCCCAAAACAAGUUUCGAUGGCACAUCCAACAAGAUCAACUCCUACGAACUCGCCUAUAAAGACAGCGGCGGCUUCUUUCAGGACAUUUCCGAGUCCGAUUGGAGGAUGCUGAAGGAUCGUGUCCAGACUCGACAGAAUCACUUGCACAUGGACGACCCUUUAUUUCAUCUGGAACCCUCCGAAGGCUGGUAUCAAGAAAAUUUUGAACCAGACUUUACGUGUCUGCACGAACGUCGCAUUGGAGGCAUGGGGGAUGGACCCAAAUGGGUGUGCGAUCCUCAUAGACUGACCAACAAGAAGGACUGCCUGAUCUAUAGUGUCGGUUCGGAAGGCAACUUUAUGUUUGAAAAUGCUUUACUGAAGGAAAUUGGAAAGCAUUGCGAGAUCCACACUUUUGAUCCAGAGAUUCAAGGAAUAUCCUAUGGCCAUUUAGCACCGUUAGGAGUGCAUUACCACAAUUGGGGAUUUAUGAGUAAGAGUUCCAAAGAAGCCCAGAAUGAAUACUAUUGGAAUGCCAUGGAGUUCCAAUCUGCUUACAAGACAAUGAAGGAAACAAUCGAAACCUUGGGCCAUGUCGGUCGGGAAAUUGAUAUUUUCAAGAUCGAUUGCGAAGGAUGCGAGUGGACGACAUUUCCGGACUGGUUCCGUUCGGGGGCUACACUUCGACAGAUCUUGGUGGAAGUACACAAAACACCGGACGAUACAGUCAAUGAAUUCUUUACGGGUAUGCAAGAGAACGGAUAUGUCACAUUUCAUAAAGAACCCAACAUUCAGUUUGCACAAGGAAGCUGUGUGGAGUAUGCCUUUCUGAAGUUGGAAGAUUCCUUCUUUCAGAAAUGA